AUGGUCAAAGUCUAUCUGAAUGAUGUUCUCGUCGCAGAGGGAGAGAAUCCACCCGUCGUAGAGGGAAACUACUACUUUCCCCCGAGUGCAAUCAAAAAGGAGUACUUUACAGACUCCCAGACACACACGACAUGCCCUUGGAAGGGCAAGGCAUCCUACUACAAUCUCAAUGUUGGAGAAACAAACGUCAACGACGCAGCUUGGUACUAUCCUGCUCCCAAGGACGCUGCAAAGAAUAUCGAGGGGCAUGUCGCAUUCUACAAGAACAAGGUCGUCAUCAAAGAGUAA